UUGUGUCUCCGACCCCAUAAGUACAUAUACUCAUAUCAGCUACCCGUUGCAACUUUAUGUAACUAUCCGAAAAGAAGCAUUCCAAUGGAAUAAGGUUUUUUUUUUUGUUUUUUGUUUUUUUUUGCUACGAUUGCCAAUAGCAACAUCCAUCACCCAGCGUCGUACCUUGUUCGACUGCCAACCCACGAUGCUGCGUAGAGCAGUAAGUGACGUCUCAUAAGUUUUUAAAACUCUUCUUCUUUCGGUACUGACGUUCUCAGAUGGCAGGUGUCCCUUGGGUCCGCUCGCUCGGCCGCGCGAGCGGUCGUCUGUCUAGUCGAUGCCUCUACAUUCAACAUAGCGCCCGCUUGCGAUGCCAUCAGCACUACCCUUGUCGGCCGUUCAUCACUACAGCCGCAGCUCGAGCAGGGCUUUCGUCGAACGAACCAUUGAGGAGUCCCACGAUUAAAGAUAGCCCUCGCGAUAGCAAGAUACCGCAAACUCUCACCGAGAAGAUCGUGCAACGCCAUGCUGUCGGUCUGCCAGAAGGCAAGCUCGUUCGCUGCGGAGACUACGUACAAAUACGGCCUCAUAGAUGUCUCAGUCACGACAACACAUGGCCAAUUGCCCAGAAGUUCAUGUCGAUGAACGCCACACGAAUCGAGGACAAGACCCAGCCUGUCUUCGCGCUUGACCAUCAAGUUCAAUUGAAGAGCGAAGCUAAUCUCCGCAAAUACGAGUUAAUCGAGGCGUUUGCCAGGAAGCACGGUAUAGCUUUUUUCCCUGCGGGCUAUGCGAUUGGCCAUCAAGUCAUGAUCGAAGAGCUCUUUGUGUGGCCCGGUACGUUGUGCGUUGGCUCGGAUAGCCACAGCAACAUGUAUGGAGCCAUAGGAUCCCUCGGGAUAGCCGUCGUGAGAUCAGAUGGAGCUUCAAUCUGGGCAACGGGCAAGAGUUGGUUUCAAGUUCCUCCUGUCGUACAGGUUACACUCACAGGGACAUUACCACCUGGAGUGACUGGAAAGGACGUUAUCCUAGCGCUUUGCGGGCUCUUCCCUACAGAUGUAUUGAACCAUAGCGUUGAGUUCGUUGGCUCGGAGGAUACUAUGGCUAGCCUCUCUAUCGACGAUCGACUUACUAUUAGUAACAUGUCGACCGAGUGGUCUGCAACUUCUGCAAUGUUCCCAAUUGACCAGACUCUGGAACGCUGGCUACGAAAUAAGGCUACAGAAGCAGAAUCAUACACAGAUCGGACAACUCGGGAGAGGAUUACACACGACAAGAUCGAUCAGCUCUAUGCCAACCCUACAGAUUUCCAAGCCGAUGCUGGCGCACAAUAUGCCAAAAAGCUACACCUCAACCUCUCCACGCUUUCGCCUCAAAUCACAGGUCCCAACUCCGUGAAGAUAACGACCCCGCUGAGCGAGCUUGCCCCGAAAAACAUCAAAGUGGACAAGGCUUAUGUUGUGAGCUGUACUAACUCACGCAGCUCAGACUUGAAGGCUGCAGCCAAAGUCUUUCAGGAUGCUGCUAAAGCCAGCAGCAAUGGGGAGAUCCCUAAAAUCGCGGACCACGUUCAGCUCUACAUUGCAGCAGCUUCAAUUCACGAACAGAAGGUCGCGGAGAAGGAGGGUAGCUGGCAAACGUUACUCGAUGCUGGCGCGAUUCCUCUUCCUGCCGCCUGCGGGCCUUGCAUUGGGCUUGGGCGAGGCUUGUUGGAGGACGGCGAAGUCGGCAUUUCCGCCUCUAACCGCAACUUCAAGGGCCGGAUGGGCUCCAGACUAGCUCAUGCCUACCUUGCUAGUCCUGAGGUGGUCGCUGCUAGUGCUCUUGCUGGCAAGAUAACAGGUACUGGCAUACACAAGACCUCUGAGAACUACAACGGCAUCGAAUACGGUUAUGGUACCGGUUUACCGGCAUCCCCUCUGAGCGAGCUCGAUUGCGCUGUCGAACAGCUGGAUUCUCUAAUCGAUCGGUUGGAGUCCUCCCUCCAGGGCGACGACACCGCAAAGGAAACAACUCAGAUACUUCCAGGCUUUCCUCAGGAAAUUAGUGGCGAGAUUCUAUUCUGUGACGCUGACAACCUCGAUACCGACAACAUUUAUGCAGCAAAAUGGACAUAUCAGGAUGAUAUAACAGAAGAGGGCAUGGCAGAGGUCUGCAUGUCAAACUACGACCCAGAUUUCGGCUCAGCCGCAAAGCCUAAUGACAUCCUCGUCUCUGGACACAAUUUCGGCUGCGGUUCGUCAAGAGAGCAAGCAGCAACAGCUAUCCUUGCCAAAAAGAUCCCGCUUGUGGUAGCUGGAAGCUUCUCUAGCAUUUUUGCUCGUAAUAGCAUCAACAAUGCGCUUUUGGGGUUGGAGGUACCGCGACUUGUUGAGCGUCUUCGUACUGCUUUCCCCGAGAAGGUGCCGACGCGGCGGACAGGCUGGACCUUGACAUGGGACAUCUCGCGGAGCACUAUAAAAGUGCAAGAGGGCGAGAAUGGAGAGUCCUGGGAGGAAAAGGUUGGCCUAUUCCCCGAGAAUCUACAAGAGAUCAUCGUCAAGGGGGGCCUGACAGGAUGGGUUAAGCACGAAAUUGCAAAGACUGCUGUAUUAUAGAGUAAAAGUGAGAAUACAUCUUCGAAUCAAUACUGGUCGGAUUUCUUUGUAAAUGAAAGUGGAAAUAACCUCAAUUUUCAAUAAACCAGGC